AUGACCAUGCGGAAGCGGAGUCCAUUUUCAACGAUAAGAAUGGCGGCGAGAGACGCCUGCUGGUGGCUGAGUCCGUGGAAGAAGCUCGAUCAAGAAUGGCAGGCAGCGUGCGCACGGGGUCAGCAACAACUUGCCAAGGUUGCAGAUAGUGUGCAAAAGACAACAUACCUCACUGGAGAGCACUGGGGGUCGCUGGCUGACUGCGAACACCUCCAAUAUCGUGCGUCCUCACGGUUGUGGGAUCUGGCACAUCGGUGCAGCAAGCGACUUCAAGAUGAAGUGGAUGGCUUGGCAGACAUUUAUGCGCGGAUGCAUCGCUUAAUAUCAGAUGACCAGGCAAAUAGGCUGGACGAGAAGCGCAGACAACGAUAUGAGAUGAUCUUGCUCGAGGUGCUGAGCAUGUACGAACACGAGCUGGUGGCCAAGUCGCUCAUCGCUAGCGACAUCUUCGAGUGCUUUAAGCAUGAGACUGUGACCAUUUAUCUGGCAUCAUGGCAGAUGCAGCCGCACAUUGAUCGGCAGCGCCUGGAGGAGCUUGAAACGUUGAUUCAGAAUGACCUCCACUACCAGACGCAAAAGCCACGUCGCUGAGAGGGAUCGCCAAAGAUUCAGCAUUAGACUCGCAUAGACAUAGUUCAAUAUUACUUUCCAGUAAACGAACAAGUUGUUUUAUAUCGCUGUCUCUGUUUGCCACGCAAAAUGACAGAGGGG